AUAUCUUUGUCCAUUCACUCUCCUGUACACAUACUUCCGCAUUGAGCCGUAAAGUACUAUGUCGCGAAGACUACUAAAUCCUAUCAUCUUUAUCUGCGACCUACAGGAAAAGUUCCGACCGGCCAUCCACGAGUUUGCAAAGGUCGUGACCACCACCCAGAAAGUUCUGCGCGCAAGCCAAGCCCUUAAUAUCCCCGUCGUAGCCUCGACCCAGAACCGCGCUCGUCUCGGCGAAACCGUACCUGACCUCAAGCUCGACUCCAAAGAUGCCGACGGCAUACCCACCAUCGCCCACGUUGACAAGACGCUGUUCUCCAUGUGGACGCCCGAGGUCCAAGCCGCCGUCUCCUCUUUGCCAAACAGCAAGUCCGGGCAGAAACACGAGGUUGUGAUUGUAGGUAUCGAAAGCCACAUAUGCGUCACCCAGACGACACUGGAUCUGCUUGCUGCUGGACACAAGGUCUAUGUGCUUGCGGACGGGGUUAGUAGUGUGAACAGGGAGGAAGUCCCGAUUGCGUUGGCGCGACUGAGGAGUGCCGGUGCGACGGUAACGACGAGUGAGAGCUGGAUCUACGAGUGCAUGGGAGACGCGGGAAUUGCUGAGUUCAAGACGAUUGCCAAGCUUGUCAAGGAGACCGGGACCAGCACAAAGGACGUUCUGCAGACGCUUUGCAAGUUUUGAUCGUGCUGCCCUCUUGAGGCACCAUGUCUGGAUAAAGUUGAUAUAUCCAUAGCGAUACCUGAUGAAGCCAGACCAUGCGUAUGUGAACAAUCACUAACAUACUAUGGUUGUCUACUGCUCUGUACACGCAAAUUCGAGCCUAGACGUCCUCCUUCGUCUCCUUCGUCUCCUUCGCCUCUUUCUCCAUGUACUCCAAACAACCCCUCGCCAUCUCCCCCUGCUCAUCCGUCCGCACGACAAGCACUCUCUUCUCGCCCUCGGUUCUCCGCCCAAUAUCC